CUCAUCUUGAACCUCAUGUCUGCACUCGACGAGACCACGCCCGCCGGCGCAAGUGAUGGCCACGACCCUCGUAUCGGGGGUCAACAACAGGCCCAAAGAGCCACCCCCUCUCAUAGCACACCACAAGGCGUACCUGAAGAUUCCAUCAGGCUGAGUGGCAAUCGCUGUAUUGCGUUGCCAAAAACACCGACAGAAGCCGAGACUGCGAUACAUUUCCUAUGCGCCCAACGCCAUCGAUGUGUAACCGAAUAUGUUGCUGCACAACGUCGCAUCCAUGAACAAAUUACAUAUCUCGACCUUCUACGGGCUCAGGUGGACAGGAUCGUUCAAGAGGUAUUGGAGGCGGAGAGUGAUAUCGGGCGAACACGCGAUGCCAUAUCGGCGAAAGGCUUGCCUGUCUCCUACAUCGUUUUUGGGAGCGCAAAGCGCACGGGUGACUCCGGGGCCAAAUCUAAUGCGGCCCUACCUCUUUUGAGUUCCUGCGAAAUGCUUUCAUUCAUAAACGAAGACUUCGGAAGUUCGAUCAAGCCAAUCAACUAUCUGGUUCCCACCAAUGGUCAAGAACUUGGGCUGCCGGUCUGCCAGUGCUCGUCUGUCUGCUGCUCGUCUGUCGUGCUUAAAAGCUUAAGUUUAGAAACGAACCGCUCUGUGCUUGAUUUGUCCUACCAUCCGAUAACGCUGUCAAUGUCGACGAAUUCUAGCGCAGAGUCGACCCCUCAAACCUCCGUGAGCAGCCGUUCAGUUACUGUUCAGUCGUCCAGUCCGGUGGCUCCAACUGAGGAAGCAUUCGAGCACGAUUAUCGCGAGAUGACCGAUCCUUUCCGACUUACCGCUGCUCAGCGAGAAGAUUUCGUUCGCAAAGCAAAAAAUCACGAUCGCGUUCUUGCGUAUUGUGAACGUGUCGAGGACGAGAAGAAGGCGCUCAACGACAAGCUCACCAAUUAUCAGCGCAUGUCGGCUCAUUACGACGUAGUUCGCGAGGAGCUCGAAAGUCUCCAGGUGUCUCGCGAGGAGCUGGCCGAGAACGGGCGGGUUCUGCGGCAGGACAUGGCGGAGUUGCACGCCAUCUGCUCGGAACAGAAAGGAAAGAUUUUCGAACUCGAAAACACGCUCUCGGGGGUUGUCGAAAAGCGCGAGCUGGCAUUCCACCUACUGGCUACAACCCACCGCGACCUGGCCAAGGCAAGACGACAAGCUACCAAGGAGCAAUCCCGUUUGAUCGAGGCUGAGCUGGCCCUCACCACUGCUAGAAGCCACAUCCGUCGGCUCGUCCAACGGAUCAAGACCCUACUUGGCCAUGUAGACACUGUCUUCGAGAGCUCGUCUGAAACUGCAGGCGUCGCCCAGUCGGAUGUGGACCCUUCGUCUGAUGAUCUUGCGGAUGUCAGCAUGCGUGGAUAG